CUUCAAAUUAUAAAGUAAACCCAAUUUCAUAUAGAUAUAUAAACACUCAACAACCGUCUCUGUGCUGCGUGAUUCUGUCAAAGGAAUCGUCAAAAUUCGAACAUGGCAAAGAAUUCGAUUCUGGGUAGCUCUUAUCUGAAUCUAAAUCCCUUAAUUACAUGUACUUUUGUAUGUUAUAUUGGUCUCUGUUUUUCAUAUGAAUCAGUACGGGCCAGUGGUGGGGGUGGUCCGUACAAUUCUUUUAUUAUCUCCAGCUUCACUUAUUCUAAAACUGAGCUCAAACCUUACGAUUGGCGCUAUAUCAGAGUUGACUUGCCACCAUGGUUUUCAUCAAUCUCUAUAGAGUUCGAAUCUAAUGUAAACUUUGAUUUCAAAAGCAUUGGAAAGGUACCUAAAAACACUGUGCCAAUGAUUUGCUUCCGAGAAGGCAGCCCCCCUCUGCCUGAUGUCUAUAACACUAUUUUAACAGGACUAGUGUUAAAUCCCAUCUCUAAUGGGUCUUUUGGAGGGACACGAGGUCUUCAGGUGGUUGAACAGUGCUAUCCUAUGCAGAGAAAUAUAUCAUUGAGGAUGACCAAUGAGCAGAUCUCUUCAGGACUAUGGUAUUUUGGUCUAUUUAAUGGCAUUGGACCUAUGAGGACGCAAUCAAAAAUGAUUAAUCGAGGCCCUACAUACUCCUUCAGUGGCAAUAUAAGUGUAGAAGGAUGUACAACGACAAUGCUUUGGGGCCAGUACUGCAACCAAACAGUUAAUCCACUUUCAUGCGUUGACAGCUACAGUUUGACUAAAAAUCAUUCAGAUACUGAAUUAUACAACCAAACAGCAGCAAAUGUAAUUGCUUGCACAAAUGCAGAUGAUAAUUCUUGCCAGGGAGAAAAUGAACUAAAAGUCUACUCCCUGGAUGUAAUGGGGAUUGCCGAAGAGCUAACCAUUAGAGCAAUGAAUGCCAGAUUCAAUGAAUCACAACCUUCAAAUGGUUCCAGCAACAGUAGUGGAAUCAUCUUGAUGUGUUAUGUUCGGCAUGGUGCAAUGCCACUGUCAACUUCACAUGAUUAUUCUGGUGAUAUCAACAAAUUCCCUUUGGUUAUACGGUCACCAAAAGUUGGUCGCUGGUAUAUUACUAUUCAACCUGCUAAUCUCUCGAAUGAAAUUGGGGGGAUUCAAGACAUGAGCAUAAAAGUUUGUUACGUCUUGGAGUGGCAAGUGCUUCAAUGUCCUCUGGAUAAGGCUGGGUUGAACUGUACCUGGGAAAGGUACAUGCUUCAGACAUUUCUCAGGAAAAAUCCAUCUGCCCCUUUUGAAUCUUUUUAUUUACCAACCAGUGGAAAGGUGUCUUCAGAUUCAGCUAAUUUCCCUUUGGAACCUCUUUUGAGCAACUCUACUUUUGGGGAAAAACCAGAUGUCGCAUGGACUUAUUUCCUUCUGGACAUUCCUGGGGGUGCUGCUGGGGGAAAUAUCCACAUCCGUCUUACAUCAGAUGCUCAAAUGAAUUAUGAAAUAUUUGCAAAGUAUGGUGGAUUGCCAUCUCUUGAUACCUGGGACUACUUCUAUGCAAACAUGACGAGCAGUAGCAACGGUUCCAUGUUUUUUAAGCUGUAUGAUUCGAGUGAGAAGACUGUUAGUUUUUAUAUCUUAUAUGUUAGAGGAGGAACCUGGAGCUUUGGAUUAAGGCAACUAAAUCCAGCUAGUACUGCUUCAGCGAGCCAGACUACCAUGUCUAUUUCACUUGAGAGAUGUCCAAGAAGAUGCUCUUCUCAUGGGACAUGCCAAUCUGUUGUGGAUGCAAGUGGAUUGGCUUUAUACAGCUACUGCUAUUGUGAUCGAGACCAUGGAGGCUUUGACUGUAGUGUUGAACUUGUAGCUCAUCGAGGGCACAUAUUGCAAUCAAUAUCCCUUAUUGCAUCCAAUGCUGCCGCUGUACUUCCUGCUUAUUGGGCCCUCCGCCAAAAGGCAUUUGCAGAAUGGGUUCUCUAUACAUGUAGUGGAAUUUCAAGCGGAUUAUAUCAUGCGUGUGAUGUAGGCACAUGGUGUGCAUUAUCAUUUCGUGUCUUACAGUUUAUGGAUUUUUGGCUUUCUUUCAUGGCUGUGGUGAGUACCUUUGUUUACCUAGCUGCUAUUGAUGAAGUUUCGAAGAGGACAAUUCACACAGUAGUUGCGAUUCUUACGGCCCUCAUGGCUGAAACUGGACCAACCAGGUCCCACAACAUUAUUCUUGUAAUAGCAAUUGGGUCUUUGGGGCUUCUUAUCGGCUGGCUGAUUGAGUUUUGUACCAACUAUAGAUCGCUUUCCUUUUCGACAGAGUUCUGCAUAAAUAUGCUUUAUAGAUUGCAAACCAUCAACGGAUGGAUCCAUGAUCUUAUCGUGACACUUAUUAAACGUUUCCGUUGGGGUUUUGUACUAGCGGGGUUCACAGCAUUAGCAAUGGCUGCAAUAAGCUGGAAACUGGAAACUAGUUCAAGCUACUGGAUUUGGCACAGCGUAUGGCAUGUUUCCAUAUAUACUUCUUCCUUCCUCUUCCUCUGCUCGAAAGUAAAAACUCUGCACUGCGAGGAUCAAGGACCUUCAGAUGGGAACUAUGAGUUAACUCGACAAGAUUCAUUACCAAGAGGAGGUGGAUAAAAAGCAAUGAAUGAUUUCACAGGAUUCUUUUAUGCUUCAAAUGUAAAGUGAAAGGAGAUUUUUAGUCACCACAUCCAGAAAGUAUAGCUAUUUCGGAAGUUGCAGAAACUGUAGCUGCUGAAGGAGAUUGUUGUCUGAAUAAGACACCCCUAAGCCACAUUAACUUUAGCACUUUGCUAUACAUUCUUCUCAACUAGGUAUGUCUUUUUGGAAAUCUUGUGACUAUUUAUAGCCAUAUACUUCUAAAAUUUUCUAGUAAGAGGCAAAGCAAAAAUGUAAUUUAUUGUCAAGGAAGGUUAGAAAAAGAAAAAUCGACUAGAAUGAGAGUGUUUCAGUAAUUCAAAUUGAAGGGUUGUAUGGUAACUUGAGAUGAUGAUAAACAUAAUUUUAGAUUAUUUUUUCAUCAUUUUAAUAAUAUAUGUGGG